AUGGUCAACGACACGACUCCUUCUGCCAAUGGCAAUAGCAAUGGCUCGACCAAGCAAAAGCCGCAGUACGACCCCGAGUUCACGGACAGUGUUAUCAGUGCUACGGGGCCCAAUGCGAGCCCCCGUAUGCGCAGUGUCAUGGCCAGUCUGAUACGCCAUGUCCACGACUUUGCUCGCGAGAACGAUAUCACCAUAGACGAGUGGAUGCAGGCUGUGCAGAUGAUCAACUGGGCCGGCCAGAUGAGCAACGAGCGUAGGAAUGAAAGUCAACUGCUUUGCGAUGUCAUCGGUCUCGAAUCACUCGUUGACGAAAUAACUAACAAGCUCCUUGUCGGUGCCGGCGCCGACUAUGAAUUAACUAAGUCGGCCAUCCUGGGGCCUUUCUUCCGCCACGACACGCCUUCCACACAUAACGACGCCAGCAUCAUCAAGAACAUGCCUUCCGAUGGUGAAAUUGCGUACAUGCAUGGCAUUAUCCGAGAUGCGGUCACGGGCAAGCCUAUCGAAAAUGUCAUCGUGGAUAUAUGGCAAUGUAGCACCAACGGCCUCUAUGAGCAGCAAGACCCUGCUCAGACCGAGUUCAAUCUUCGCGGCAAGUUCACCACUGAUAAGAACGGCUACUACGGCCUAUACUGCCUUAGACCCGUACCCUAUCCGGUCCCGGAUGACGGUCCCGCUGGCAAGCUCCUCCAGCUCUUAGAUCGCCAUCCAUUCCGUCCUGCGCAUAUUCAUAUUAUAGCUGGGAACAACGAAUACACGCCUCUGACGACUCAGAUAUUCGACAAGAAGAGCAAAUACCUCAUCGACGACUCGGUGUUUGCCGUUAAGGAUGACCUACUUGUAGACUUCAAGCCCACCAAGGCCAACUCGAAGGCUUCUCUUGAGCUGGUCUAUGACAUUCGUCUCGCGAGGAAAUCAUGA